CAAAUUUUCUUUUACUAAUUACUAAUGCUUACAAACAAAAGCAAAAAAACAACAAUUAGAAAAGGUACAAAAGCAACUGCUCCUCCUGCUUCUUAUCAUCAUCGUGAUGCUGUCAUUCUAAUUCUCUCCGAUCAUCAUUCCAAUAUUAAUAAUCAUCAUCAUGAUCAUCUUCAUCAUUUAUAUUUAAAAUUAAAAUCAAAAUUUGAAAAUCAACAGAAAGGAAGAGUCAAGUGGUUUCAACGAAUUCAUCUCCGAUUGGAUCGUAAGAAGGAAUUUAAAACAAAUAAUGAUUUUAUUCCGAUUGAGUUUAUGAAGCACAGAGAUUGUGUAAUUGAUUAUAUGAGGAAUUUGGUCAAGUUAUCGAUAGAGACAAUUAUUCAGAUAUUACCUCGAGAGGUUUUGAGAGAUGCUUUGGUGAUGAGAGCAAUUAUGAGGAAGAUUUAUAAUCCCAGUUUGAAAGAUUAUGGACAAUUGAGAAGUGUUGAGGGAUUUGAAAAGUAUUUGAAUGAUAUUGCAAAUGAAAAGGGAAAAUUGAGUGGAAUUAUGCACAAUAAGUAUGGAGAGGAGGAUAUUGCAUUUGUUUUGGAUUUGUUUAAUAGAGGAGAGUUUAGUGUGAAGGAAUGGACAGAUACAAGGUAUUUGGAUCAAAUUUUAAAGAAUUAUGGAUCGAAUCCUGAUGUACUUACAGAAAUUGUAAAGGUUUAUGGAAAAGGUUUGCAAUAUGCAUCUGUUGAAUUGAAAAAUAAUAAGAAAAUUGUCAACUUGGCAAUUAAUCAGAAUCCAGAUGCACUCGAGUUUGCAAGCCAAGAACUGAAGGGGGAUUUGAGAGUGGUAACAAGGGCAAUUACUAGAAAAGGAACUUCUCUCAAUUAUGCUUCGAAAGAAAUUAAAGAUAACAAGGAAAUUGUAUUGUUGGCCUUGGAGAAUGACAAUCAAGCAUAUCAUUAUGCAUCUUACAGAUUGAAAACAGAUGUAGAUAUUUUGGUUAAGGCAAAAAUGUAUGCUUAUGCUCAUCCAGAUCUGUUAAAUGAUAAAAAUUUGGCAUUGACAGCUGUCAGAGACAAUCCACUGCAUUUACACUUGAUGAAAAUAUUGCAAGAUGAUAGAGAGGUGGUUUUGGAACUUGUCAAACAGAACGGAUGUUGCUAUCAGUUUGUUUCUCCACGUUUAACGAGAGACAGUGAAAUUAUUAUGGCAGCUGUCAAGCAAAAUGGUUCUGUUGCAUUGUUUGUUCCAAAAGACAUGCCCAACUUUUUGGAAAGUCCACCAGAUGCUGAGCCACCAGCACUAUUACUAUCCAAUAGAAAUUUUGCUUUAGAGGCUGUAAGAAGUGGCUUGUCUUUAUCAGAUCUACGUGCUUUGUAUCCAGGUCAAUUGGAUAAAGAGCUAGCAAUUGAGGGACUAAUUCGUAAGGGCUCUGACUAUUCAAUGUUGCGUAACUUAUUUCCAUCUGAUCGAGAUGUAUUGAUUGCAGCUAUAAGGGGUGGUUUAAAUAAUUACUAUGGUGAGAUAGAUAAAGAGCUUGCCAUGGAGUUUGUCAAGAAGACAGGAAAUAAUAUCAACAUACUCUCUAUGAAAUUGAGAACAGAUCCAGAGAUUCAAAGAGCAGCCUCUAUAUCUGAUGGAUUCUUUACUAUUUAUUCAGAAAGAUUAUUUCUUGAAAGGUGUGAACACGAAUAUUCAGCCAUUCUGCUCAUGCACUAAUAUCAAGGUUAUUAAAUCAUAAACUCUUCCUUAAU